GGGGGGUCGGAAUCUGAUGUAAAUCGCCUCUAACGUAAAUAGCAGCAGCGACUCUCGUGCGCUUCAUCCAUGGCUGGAGCUCGGGUUUAAACGAAGUUUGAUUCGGGCCCACGUUGAUGUGCAGAGUUUUGUUUCUGAUUCAUUCCACUGCCCUUCAAAGAAAUCAUGAGCCUUGUACUUCAUGACCUCUACCUUUGCUGUCGCCAGUUUGACAAUGACAAAGCUACAGAGAGAAAGAAAGAAAUAGAAAAAUUUAAACGUCUUAUUCGAUCGCCAGAAGCCAUAGAGCAGUUGGAUCGAAAUUCUGAAUCAAAACAUCCAAAACAGUUGAACUGGGAUGCAGUUUUUAGGUUUCUUCAAAGGUACAUCCAGAAAGAAACUGAAUGUCUCCAGGCAGCCAAUCCCAAUGUAUCAGCAACUACUCAAGCCAACCGGCAGAAGAAAAUGCAAGAAAUUGGCAGUAUCAUGAAAUAUUUUAUCCGAUGGGCCAAUAAAAGAGGACCACGUCUGAAAUGUCAGGACCUUCUGAAGCACAUCAUGGAUACUCUGCAGAAUAGAUUUAGCUGUGCUGCCUAUGGGACUGACUACAGCAGCAUUCUGCUGAAGGAUAUUCUCUCAGUUAGGAAGUACUGGUGUGAAAUUUCCCAACAACAGUGGUCAGAUUUAAUGAACUUAUAUUUCAAGAUGUACCUGAGACCAUCUAAAGAUACUAACCGGGUUCUUGUGGCCAGGAUAAUUCAUACCCUUGUCAGAGGCUGCUGCUUCCAGUCUGAAGGACUGACCUCCACACUAUUUGAGUUCUUUGCAAAGGCAAUGCAGAAUGCAAGACAGGAACAAGUCUUCGCUGUCAUUGAGCACAUCAUGUCAGCUCUCAAUGUCUUUCUCAACGUGUGUGUAAUGAAUUGUCGGAUUCGUGUGUGUAAGCUGGGGGAGGAGAUCUUUCCAACACUGCUAUGCAUUUGGACUCAGAAGCGCCCCCAGGAUUCUCUAAAGGAAGAAAUCAUUGAAUUCUUUCGAUUGCAGCUUCAUGCCCACCACCCAAAAGGGGCCAAAACUCAGGAAAAAGGUGCUUUUGCGGCUGACUGGUUGAAAUGGCAACAUCUGCUUUAUAGUCUCUAUGAAAUAAUUGUCAGCGAAGUAAGCCACAUAGGAAGCAGAGGAAAGUACUCAGCAGGAAUGCGCCAUGUUGCUGUCAAGGAUAAUCUUGUUGAUCUGGCUGCUGAUAUCUGUCAUCAGCUGUUUGGUCAAGAUACCAAGGUGUUUGUAUCAUCAGUAACUGAUGUUGAUUCACCGCAAAGCCACUCUCACCAGGGAACACCAAGCAAACGCAGACGUAUUGAAUUAGGAUGGGAAGUAGUACGAGAUGGUCUGCAAAAAUCACAGAAUGAUUUUGAUAUGAUACCGUGGUUACAAAUCACCACAGUCCUGGUUGCAAAGUAUCCAUCAAGUGUACCUCCCAAUGAGAUCGUUGCCAUUCUGACCAUAUUGCACCAGAUCCUGUCUCAGCAGAGACGAGGGGAGAGAAUUCCUUAUGUUCUUCGCUGCCUCAGUGAGAUUGCUGUGUGCCAGAGACUGAAGUCAACCCUGAAUACUGCACAGAGAUUAGAUCUGCAGAAGCUCUGGGCCAAGAUCUGGGCCAUCACACUUCGGAGCAUCAGCUCACAGCAGACUGAGGUUGAAAGCUUUUGGCUGCUGGAGGCUAUUCUUCAUGGAAGUUUGACUGUUCCAGAUAAAGAUUUCUGGAAAAUCUUUUCAUGCUCCACAUGCCAACCCUCCAGUUCUGCAGUUAAAUGUCUCUCGCGAGCAUUGGCGAAAUGCACUUUACCAGAGCAAUUGGACGGUAUUGCUGAGCAUUAUCUGAUAACUAUGGGUGACAGACCACAGACUCUCAGAGAAGCGAUAAUGAGAUGGUUAUUGGGAUACCGACCCGAGGAAGACAUCGAAGAAAAUGUGGAGCUUCCAUCCGUAGUCCGCAGAGAUUUUCCAAAUCAGCUUGUUUCUCAAAUUUUGGUCGUUUUGUCACUGAAGGACUGUAGAGCAGGAAUGGAUUUCUUUCACUCGCCUUUGGCAGAGAGUGCACUGGCAGGAGAAAGCCCGGCCGAAGUGGACAAAGGCAACACAUUCUUCACAGAAACCGAACAUCUUUUCCUGCAGACGACAUUUGAUGAAACUCCAAACUACAGUAGCACUGUAGUAUCGGUUAAAAAAACUGAAUCUGUGGCAUCAAGAAUAAGUGUCAAACAUGUUUUGAAAAACAGAUUGGAGGAAUAUCUAUUAGCAUUGGUGGAAUGUCUGCAUUCUGCUGCGAUGGUUCCUCCAGAAUGCCAGGUUCGCUGCGCAGACCUCAUCAUUGGUGUACUCCGGUGUUAUUCUGAUAUUGGUGUCACCAGUGAGGAUGAUGCAUGUACAUCUGCCCUGUUUCAGAAAGCAAAGUCUUUUAUACUGGAUGCUGGUGAAUACAUUUCUACAGCCAAAAACAAGCUUAAUGAGGAACUGAAACUUAACUCUCUGAAAACCAUGGUUACCGUGUGCACAAAAUGUCUGCACUCUCACACUAAGCACUGGGCAAAGAGGAGCUCAUCUGCUCUCUUCCUUCAACUAUUCCCAGCAAGAUUUAUGAAUGAUCUUGUGCAGAUUUGCAAGCAACUGAUAGCCCACAGUGGAAAAUCACAUAAUGCUUGUGAAGCAAAGGAUGAUAUUCAAGAUGGUUUCAGGGAAAUGCAGGGAAAUGGAUCCGGGGAUUUCUUUAACGAUAAUGACAAAACCCUUGAAGUAGGUGAUUAUAGUGACAGCAGCGACUCAUUGGUUGGAACAGGAGCAAAGAGCAUUUUAGCCGAAGAGAAUUUGACAAAGCAUGAUUUUCUCCUCCUCGACACUCUCCGAUUUCUCUGCUGUUGCACAGCAGCAGGACAGGUGCAUGUGCUUUCUUUCAGGUCUAGUGAUAUUAGAAGAAAACUGUUAAUGUUAAUUGAGGAGCAAGAUCACAGCAUUUCAAAAUCACUGCAUUUGCACAUGUACUUGAUCCUGUUAAAAGAGCUCCCAUCAGAAGAAUGUGUUCUCCCAUCAGAUGAUUUUUCCAUACUUGUGAAGCCACUCUUGGACUUGUGCUCCAUGUAUCGUUGUGAUCAAGAGGUUUGCUCAGUGAUCUUGACGCACAUUCUUCCAUUACUAACAGUACAAGGCAUUGACUCUGAUGAAAUGACAGAUGUCCAGGGGAAACUACUAAAGACAAUUGGAGCAUUUUGGCACCUAAGCAAGGGAGGAAAAUGUAAUGCACAAGUAAGAGCUGCUUUAGUAAGAUGCAUGAAAGCAUUACUUGAGAAAGACCCACAUUCCAAAUGGACUGUACUCUCCAUCAGAGAUGAAGAGUUCCCUGUCUCUGAUGUCUACACAGAGUUCUUAAGAGAUACUCACCAUCAGGUUCGCAUGCUUGCUGCCAUGUCUGUUAGCAGGCUAUUCCAAGAGGUCCAGAUACAGGAUCAGUCUGUACAGCUAAAAGCUCUUCCUGUGAAAUUGCAGCAGAAAGCCUUUGAAAAUGCGUAUAUGAAAGUGCAAGCGGGAAUGAGAUUUCAGAAUAGUGCAGAGGAACUCCAGGAUGAGAAGUGCAACAGAAAAGCCACAUUGCUUACAGUGAUUUCAUUGAUCAUGUGCUGUAGUCCCAUUUGCGAAAAGCAGGCCCUUUUUGCAAUUUGCCAGUCAUUAAAGGAGAACAAACUGGAUCCUACACUUGUUAAAAAAAUUCUUGAGACUGUGUCGAAGUGUUUGACGUAUCGUAGUUUGGAAAACUUCAUGGUUUCCCAUUUGGAUUACCUUAUCCAUGAAUGGCUGAGAAUGGCUGAUUCGGGCUACAACUUGCCUGCGUUUCCUUAUGUCCUAUUGAACUGUUCUAAUCUGGAAGAAUUUUACAGGUCCUAUUACAAAAUUCUUGUACCACACCUGACGGUUAAUGGUAACUUGGAAGAAGUGAAAUCAAUUGCUGCAUGCAUUAAGGGGAACUGGAAAGAAUUGCUUGCUGAUUGCCUUCCAAAGAUCAUGGCUUACAUCCUGCCAUGUUUUGCAUAUCAAGAUAAGAAUGGAUCUGAUGGUGAUAUGGCACAGCAAAGGGAAAAUGCAUCAAAGGUGUUCGACAUGCUGAAGGAGGACGCUUGCUUAGGGAAACAGCAAAUUGACCUUUUGAGCCACAACAGCUUACCGGAAAUUGUUGUAGAGCUGCUUAAUACUCUGUACGACUCUCCCGACCAAGACGCAGGAUAUGGCAUAGAGUUGGUAAAGUUUUCUGGGGCAAUGGAUCCUGCUCCCAACCCACCUUAUUUCCCAUCACCUGUGAUCAGAGCUACAUUAGAAUACAUUAGUAGCUGCCACAAAGAGAAGUUUAAGUCACUUGUUGCAAUUCUUUCAAGAAACCCAGAUUCAAUCCAAAAGAUCUUGCUAGCAAUUUCUAAGAAGGCAGUAGACACCAGCAGUGCUUAUGAAAAGCAUCGAAUCCUGAUGAUGUAUCGUUUGUUUGUAAAUUUGCUGCUGAAAGAGAUAAAGGAUGGUCUGGGAGGCGUGUGGGCAUUUGUUCUUCGUGAUGUCAUCUACAGUCUGAUCCACCAUAUCAACAGCUGGCCAUCACACAUGGAUGAUGUAUCCACACGUAGUUUUUCUCUGUGUUGUGACCUUUUAAAUGUUACUUGCCAAACUGCUGUGGAGCACUGUGGAGAUGCACUUGAAAGCCACCUUCAUGUGAUCGUGGGUACACUAAUACCAUUGGUCCAUGAGCAACCAGAGAUUCGCCAGCAGGCCCUAGAAUUGCUGAAGUAUCUAGUGGUAACUAAUCAAGGCAAUGAGAACUUGUACAAUGCAAUUAGACGGUUGGAUUCAUUCCCUGACCAUCCUGACUUCAGAGAACUGCGUCUUACCCAAGAGAAAAUCAAGUACAGCAAAAGACAGUUCACAUUAUUGGAGGAAAUCAAUCACUUUCUUUCAGUCAGCUCCUGUGAUUCAUUACCAUUAACUAGGCUUGUGGGAUUAAAUGAUCUGAAACAACAACUGGAACUGCACAAAGCAGAUGUUAAAAAUCUGUUGAAAGAGUAUCAAGAUGAUCCAAAGUCCAGUGUUCUGGUGAAACUAGUUGUAAAUCUUUUGCAGUUGUGCAAAUCUGCAACAAAUUACCCUACUGGAAAAGACAUUCUCGAAGCUGCGGGGAAUUGUUUAGGAGAAAUGGGUCCAAUUGACUUUUCCACCAUUACUUUACAACGCAAAAAGGAUGAAUUUCAUUGCAAGGCUACAGAACUGUUUAAAGAAAAUAAAUUUAAAUUAGUUUUCAUUCUCCUAAGUGUAAUUAAUAAUGCUCUUAUUGACCAAUGUAUCGAAGUUCGCUUUGCAGCUGCCACUUGUGCGAAGAACAUUCUUGCAACACGGUCAGGUCACCAGUUCUUGGAACUGAGUAAAAAUGACCCCAGUGGUCCUGACCCUAUGCUAAUGUAUUUACAGCCAUUCCGAACAGCUAGAAGAAAGGUUCAUGAGUCACAAGUAGACAAUAGUUCAAGUCCUUCUGAAAAUCUUGACGAUGGCUGUUUGUGGAUACCUCAGUGUGGAAACCAUGACACAUGGCUGAAAACUCUGACCUGUGCAUUGCUGGACAGUGGAGGUGUGAGAAGUGAAGUUCUGCAGUUAAUAAAGCCAAUGUGUGAGGUGAAGACUGACUUCUGCCAGAUGAUCCUUCCAUACUUGAUCCAUGAUAUUCUCCUUAAUGACAAGGAUAGCUCCUGGCAGGUGUUGUUAUCUAACCACAUUCGAGGGUUUUUUAAUGCAUGCUGUAGAAUGGGAUCAAGCUCCAGCCGAUCCACCACACCAGCCAUUGUUGACUCAGAAACAGACAGCCUUCCCCAUGGACAUAUGGAUAAAAUAUCUCGGCGCACCAUGCUGGCAGUGGUCGAUUACUUGCGAAAACAAAAAAGACACCAGCUGAGCACUGCAUGGGAUGACAACUUCUGGUUGGAUCUGAACUACUUGGAGGUUGCUUUGACAGCCCAGUCAUGUGCAGCUCACUUUACAGCCUUGCUAUGCGCAGAAAUCUAUGCAGAUAAAAUCAGAUCCGAAGAGGAGGAAUUGAAACGGAGUUCAUACAAAGCGGCACGCAGCCUAAAGUUUGAUGAGACCAGCCAAGAGCUAACAAUCUCCAGCAUGAGCAACAAAAGCAAAGAAGAAACAGGGAUCGGUUUACAGGAGCUCCUAAUUGAUGUAUACAGAAGUAUAGGAGAACCUGAUAGUUUGUAUGGCUGUGGUGGAGGAAAGAUGUUACAUCCACUUGCCAGAAUUCGGACAUACGAGCAUGAAGUGCUAUGGGACAAAGCUCUUGUAACAUAUGACAUUGAAAUGAAUCUCCCUGUCUCUACACGCCAAGCUGGUAUUGUCCAGGCAUUACAGAACUUUGGACUAUGCCACAUUCUCACUACAUAUCUGAAGGGACUUGAAGCUGAAAAUGCAGAAUGGUGUGAGGAAUUGCAGGAAAUCCGUUUCCAAGCAGCCUGGAGAAACAUGCAAUGGGAUCACGUCUCCCCAUGCAGAGAUGAGUCUUCAGGACCCGGGUAUCAUGAAUCUGUAUACCAUGCAUUGCAAUCUCUGAAAGACCAAGAAUUUUCUUCUUUCCAUGAGGUUAUAAAGUUUGCCAGGGUGAAAGAAGUUGAAGAGUUAUGCAAAGGGAGCUUAGAAUCGGUUUACUCUCUGUAUCCUACGUUGUGCAGAUUGCAGAUACUUGGAGAACUAGAAACUAUUGGGCAGCUGUUGUCCAGAUCUGCGACAGAUGAUGCAUUGAAUGAGGUCCACAGAAAAUGGCAGCAACAACUUCAACUUCUCAAGGACAGUGACUUUACCUUCCAGGAACCUAUCUUAGCCAUGAGAACAGUUAUUCAGGAGAUGCUUAUCAAAAAGGAAAUAGAUGACCAAAGGAAGAAUUUCAUUAAAGAUGCUCUGACUGAGCAUUUACUUCAAAUGGCAAAAUUAGCGCGAGCAGCAAGAAAUUCUCAGCUGGCAGAGAAAGCCAUCUUCCAGAUCAAACAACACAAUCCAGUUGGAUUUGGCAUUUCCACCUGGCAACUAGAAGAAGCCCAGGUCUUCUGGGAUAAACAGGAACAAAGUCUUUCUCUUGAUGUUCUCAAGCAGAUGAUUGGCAAGUUAGAGGUAAACAAUAACGAGUCAUUAGUGCCACUGUAUAUUGAGUGCCUAAGACUCUGUGGAAACUGGUUGGCAGAAACAUGUUUAGAAAGUCCUGGCACCAUCAUGCAGAAGUAUUUAGAAAAGGCUGUGACUCUUAGUAUUCAACACAAGGACACAGUUCACAAUGGGAAGAUGGAAGCAUUUUUAUCAUUGGCACGUUUCUCAGAUGCACAAUAUCAGAGUAUUGAUAACUACAUGAAAUCAUCUGAAUUUGAAAACAAACGUGCACUCCUUAAGAACGCCAAAGAGGAAAUCCAUUUGAUCAAAGAACACAAAUUUCAAACUAAUAGAUAUGUGGUGAAGAUACAGCGAGAAUGUGAACUAGAUGAACGAGCAAUGUGUGCAUUGCAAGAAGAUCGCAAGCAGUUUCUCUGUAAAGCAGUGGAGAACUACAUCAAUUGCUUGCAGAGUGGAGAGGAACAUGACAUGCGCAUUUUUAGACUCUGCUCUUUGUGGCUUGAAAAUUCAAGUGUCCCUGAAGUAAACAAUAACAUGAAGAAAGGUGUAGAAAAGAUUCCAUCUUACAAGUUUUUACCUUUAAUGUACCAGCUGGCUGCUCGCAUGGGAACAAAGAUGCCAGGAGGGCAAAAGUUUCAUGAAGUAUUAAACAAGCUAAUUGAAAGAACUUCAUUGGAUCACCCUCAUCACACGCUAUUUAUUAUCUUGGCUUUAUCCAAUGCAAACAAGGAUGACAUUCUAGGGACACCUGAAGUGCUGAAGAGAGGGAAGCAUACAAGAAAAGAUUUGUCUCAUCUGGAUCAGGGAAGAAUGGAUGCUGCCAGCAACAUAAUAAACACAGUGCGAAAAUCUAAAGCUAAAAUGGUGAAGAAUAUGGAGAAAUUAUGUGAUGCCUUAAUCACCCUUGCAAACCUGGAUGCCACUAAAUGGAAAAUGGAGAGAAAAGCCAUUGAUAUUCCUUCAACGCAGCCUAUCACAAAAUUAAAAGAUCUUGAUGAAGUUGUUAUUCCCACCAUGGAACUUAAGGUUGAUCCAUCUGGAAGAUACGAAAAUAUAAUAACUGUGAAAUCAUUUGGGUCUCAGUUUCGCUUAGCAGGAGGAGUGAAUCUUCCAAAAAUUAUUGAUUGUGUGGGGUCAGAUGGGAAAGAGAGAAGGCAACUAGUCAAGGGCCGAGAUGACCUGCGACAGGAUGCUGUAAUGCAACAGGUUUUUCAGAUGUGUAAUGCACUUUUGCAGAAGAAUGCAGAUACUAGAAAGAGGAAGCUGACUAUUCGCACAUACAAGGUCAUUCCUCUUUCUCAGAGAAGUGGCAUUCUCGAGUGGUGUACAGGAACUGUGCCCAUUGGGGAAUAUUUAGUUAAUCCGAAUGAAGGUGCCCAUAAGAGGUAUCGGCCUAAUGACUGGAGCAGCCUAGACUGCAGGAAAAGAAUGUCGGAAGCACAGAAACUAAGCUUUGAAGCUAAAUAUCAAGUCUUCAUGGAUGUCUGUAAGAAUUUCCGGCCUGUUUUCCGAUAUUUCUGCAUGGAAAAAUUCUUGGAUCCAGCUGAUUGGUUUGAAAAACGGCUUGGAUACACUCGAAGUGUGGCUACUUCUUCAAUAGUUUGCUACAUUGUUGGUCUUGGUGACAGACACGUACAAAACAUCCUCAUUGACGAGGAAUCUGCUGAACUUGUGCACAUUGACUUGGGGGUUGCAUUUGAGCAAGGAAAAAUUCUUCCUACUCCAGAGACUGUUCCAUUCCGACUAACCAGGGACAUCGUAGAUGGAAUGGGCAUCACUGGCGUGGAAGGUGUCUUCAGGAGGUGUUGUGAAAAGACAAUGGAGGUUAUGAGAAGUUAUCAAGAAGCCUUACUAACUAUUGUCGAGGUGUUGCUAUAUGACCCUCUUUUUGACUGGACCAUGAAUCCUUUAAAAGCACUUUACCUACAGCAGAGACCUGAAGAAGAUGCAGACUUCCAUUCCACAUUGAAUUCCACUAUAGCUGGAGAUGAGACAGUGUGUGAUGGAGAUACCACUGAUGUCAAGAGCAUUAAUAAAGUUGCAGAACGUGUACUUCUGAGGCUACAGGAGAAGCUGAAGGGAGUUGAGGAGGGUGCUGUGCUCAGUGUGGGUGGACAGGUGAAUCUCUUAAUACAGCAAGCCAGAGAUCUAAAGAACCUCAGUCGACUAUUUCCAGGCUGGCAACCUUGGGUAUGAUCAAAAAAAGAAAAAAAAAUGUACUGUAGAUUUCACAAUUUUUUGUUAUAAACUACAAAUGUUUUGGCUGUACAAUAUGGAUGUAAAUAUACGUUUAUCAUAUCUUUGAAUCAGAAUCCUUUACCUCAAGAUGAGAUACCAGUCAAGUGCUGCAAAAUAGUUUUGCCAUUGUUGAUUUAUUUCUGAUUGAUAAAGGUUUAAUAGUUGUGACAUGAAAUUACAUUAGAACAACACUGUAUUGCACUCCAAUACCCAAGGUCAGGAUUAUACCCUAAUAUUCACAUACGGAUAAAAAGAUGCAAGAACUUUCUCGGUUAGGUCUUGAGAAAAAUUUCAAGCUAAUUGUCUUCAUUUUGAUCAUAGGUUUCAAAUCAAAAAUUAACAUUAUUUUAAAAACUACUGCUGAAUUCCUGUAUUUCAUAGCAUGAAAUUUAGUCUAAAAUUUGUAGCUGUUAACAGAAAGCCAUGCUUAGUAGUGUGGAUCACGGAAUCGGGCCUUACAAAUACAAUCCAUAUCUCUGGCUUGAGCAUAGAUCCUCAUCAAAAGUGUGGGAUCAGUGAAUUUACUCUGUCAUCUCCUAGCUUGCCUUCAGUGUCAACAAUGUAACAGAGGACCUAUCCAGCCAUAAUUCUGAAAUGUUUGCAUUUCUAGAGGCAGCGCUUGUAUAUAUAAAUUACCUAAAUCUUUAUUUUUUGAAAAUUAGUCACUCAUCUGAAGCAAGAGGUUUUUGCAAGAUUAAUUGCCUGCUACAGUUAUUCUGUAUUUAGUCUAUAUUUUACUACUCUGAUAUCAAGAUAUUCAUUUUGCAAGCCUAACAAAUUUUGACUAAUUUUUAAAAUUCUUUUAUGGGAUGUGGACGUGCUGGCAAGGCCAAUAUUUGUUGCCCAUCCCUAAUUGCCUUUGAGAAUGAAAUGCUUUGAGAAAUAAUUUUGGUCCUUGGUGCAGAUUUAAUUAUUUGUACGCUUCCUGCAAGUUGUAAAUUGACAGUAUAAUUUUAACUGUAAAUUUAUAAUUUUCCUUUGAGUUUUCCAUUAUGCAUUUUGAGGCACCUUAUCCAUUCUUGGAAAAUAUAUGCUUUGUUUAUCUAUUCUAUGCAGUGAGCAUUUUAGCAUUUAGGAUCAGCAGCCAUUUUACAGUUAAAGCAACAUGCCCCAGACAUAUUUUUAGACAAAAACUGAAAUAAAAAUAUUGCAACAACA